CACACAGCUGCGCUUUGCGUCUGCGCUACGCGCUCUCUCAGCGAUCUUCGUCGAAUCGCUCGAAGUUUUAUAUAAAUAUAUUUUCGCUUUUGACUAAUUUUUAGCUUGUUUUAUGUGAUCAAAAUCUAUUAUUGACACGGCCGAUAUAUAUCAUUGUGCUUUUGUAAAAAGCGGACGACGUAAUUGGGUCAACAUAAUAAAGAAGUGGUUUGUUUAGCCCUGUGAGUCACUCGUCACAUUGUUUAUGAAACUCGUAUAAUGGCUUAGCAAUGUUAUCGUCGUCUAAAUAGUUGUACAGUGAUAGUGUACCGAUCCCGAUGGAUACGCCGCCCGUUCCGAAGCCGAGGAGUGCAUUUCUCCCACAAAAUGAUCCGCUCAAGCGACCAGUUCCCUUGCCGAGAACUAAAAUCAGUGCAAACGACAGAGUUUCCGCCUCGGACAUAUUCAGAUCCAUAAGUUCAGUGUCUAAACAGAUAUCCGAGGAUGUGGCGCUGAAAGUGAGCAGCUCAGCCAGGUCGGCCAACGAGAAGAUAGAGAAAUCCAUUCAGGAUGGGUCCAAGUUUGCUAAGGGUACGUUGGAGAAGACGCUCACCACGUCGCGGGCGAUGCGGGACUCCGUCACCAAGUCCGUCAUAGAAGGCACGAGGAGUGCAGGCAUGAAACUGAGAAAAGUGAAAAAGACAGACUCUCUGGAGGAAACAGAAGACCAGCGCUGUGUCUCUAUGCCAGUAGUGGAUGUCAGUCUCUUUGACAACAUACAGUUCCAUUCACCACUAUUAGAACAGAAGAGGUAUAAGGCGGAGAAUGAAAAUGCCCAAGAAUUGCCAUCACUCAACCUGAACAUGUCCCAUUUUGAUGAUCUCUCACUAUUUUCUACAAAUUCAGACUCCAACACAGACACUGUUAGUAAUUUCUCAUAUGACAGCCGAGAAUCAGACCAAAACAACUAUACCAAUUUGGAGAAUGAGCAGUUAACGUAUGACACACCAAAACCUUCAAGAGCGAAUAGUAUAGUAAGCAUAAAAUCAGCACCCGAAGUUCCAGAAAGACGGAAGAAAAGAGAAAGCAUAGAGGUCAUGAGACAGAACUCUAUGUACGAAAACUGGACACUGCCAAAUAGUACCAUCAGCACUCAGACAAGUACAAAUUGUAACAAGACACAGAGACCGAGCAAAAGUACAAUUUAUGAGUUUGAUCCACUCAACACCAGCAAACCUGCACCAAAAUAUGAUGGAGUAAGCAAUGAGUUAAUACUACUAGAAUCAUUCUUAAUAGGAGAUACUUACGGUACUAUUGUUACUACAGACAAUUCAGAUGAGACAUUUGAUUUCCGAGACAGUGAGUAUUACAAUCCUCCCACUCCCCCGGAGAGGUCAGACAGCCUGUUUCCUGAGACUGAGACGAAAGAUGAAAAAGUCCCAAUGGUAGACAAAGACAACAAUUCCAACUGGUUUGUUAGUGAUACUGACUCUUUGCCUAAAGCUGGAGAGAGAUCUACCAGCACACAUUCUGUUAUGCAGAAAUUCUCAAGCAUGUUAAAAUUUGACAAUAUGUUAAACAAAUCUCCCAAAGCGGUCAUUCCUAAAGUUGAUACGAUAGAAAGACCGCCAAUAAACAGCUUGCCAGUGCAAUUUUUCAGUGGUACGUUGACUAAAGUGGUGUCUGGUGGUGUUGAAGACUUGUUCAAGAACACGCAGAGCAGGUUUUGUGUGCUGUCGGAACAGAAAUUGUUGUGUUAUACGGAUCCAACCAACCAAGUCUUGAAGGAGUCUUACCCAUUGGACACAAUCAACUCCUUGCAAGUUGUUUUGCCUCUGUCAUCAAGCACAACAAGCAACUCCUACAUGCUCGAGCUAUCAGUCAGCACCGGAUCGCGAUCUUCUAGAAAAGUCCUCUUCAGCUGCACCAGCGCGUCAGAACGAAGAAACUGGGCGCAGAAGAUCGCAGAACAUCUAGCUGGGGAGUUCCAAACAAAACACACGGCGGAGUUUACUAGGUGCGGCUGGUGUUAUCUGAAGGAAGGCGUGAGCGGCGAAUGGAAAGGCGCAUGGGUGAUGCUGAUACGCAGGGUGCUUGUCUACUACACCAGUAAGGAGAGCGGGCUCUGCACCGUCGAUCUGAGGAAGACGAGAUGCGUCGUGACGCAAGAUGCAGACGAGGAGACGAAACAUGCGAUGCCGACGGACGGCAGCGGGAACCUUCUCAUGGAUUGUCCACACGCCACGAUCUAUCUGCGGUUCCCCACCGAGAGGGACCUUAAGGGAUGGCGAUACAUGGUAAAAUUAGCUGCUCACAAUAACGGAGCUCAAAUACACCACCAACAGUUGACCAAGGAAGACGUUCCGGCAAUCGUUGAUAAAUGCUUAAGCUUCAUAUAUGCACAUGGCAGCCUAUCAGAGGGCAUCUACCGCCGCGCGGGCAGCAACGUAGUACUAUCUGAACUCCUAGCCCGGUUCCGCAGGGACGCGUGGUCGGUCCAGUUGAGCCCCGGGACGCAUUCAGAGCACGAUGUGGCAGGCGUGCUGAAGAGGUUCUUUAGGGACCUUCCCGAGCCGCUUAUGUCGCAGGCUAAGAGGGAAGCCAUGCUGGCUGCGUUAGAUCAAGACGACCCAGCGGCCCGCAACACCAUCUACCGUCGCGUGAUGUCAUCUCUUCCUCUCGUGGCGCGAAACACGGCGCGCAAGUUAUUCGCCCACUUGCACUUUUUACACAGUAUGGCGCACGCCAAUAAGAUGAGUGCAGAGAACCUUGCGUCUGUAUGGGCGCCUACUUUGAUGCCAGCUGCUUUGACGAGCAACACCCUGAACACAUCAUGGUACUCCAAAGAAGUAUACGUUGUCCGCGACCUGAUAGCCAACUACGAGGCCGUAUGGGAGCCUACCGAGGCCGAAAAGCGUCGAGAGGGGGCCGUGCGACGAGUACUGAUGAGAGUGCUUAGUAAUAGAGCGCCUUCUGCCCCAAAGGCGGCUGGUGAUUUGAAGGCGUGGAUCUAUGUGAAGGAUCGGACGACGUGUUAUCAAGUCGCGCUAACGCCAAGCACGACAAGCGCCGACAUAUGCAUCCAACUCUCCGAGAAAGCCAAGGUCGACUCGCAUCUUCUCAUGCUAGAGGAAGUCAUAUGCAACGAGUCCAUGAAGCGAGUGGUGCAUAUCAACGAGGUGGUGCUAGACGUGGUGCUGCGCUGGGGAUACUGGGACGAGGAUGACAGGAAGGACAACUAUCUGCUGGUCAGAGAGAAUAAAAUCCUUCACGAAAUGGAGGCGCUCAGGAACACGGGGCUGGUGUGCGCCGAGCUGCGUUUCGCCAGCGAGGCCAUGAAGACCUUCAAGCUGCACAUGUUCGAGUUCCAGAACGGCAAGCUGUGCUACUUCAAGGACAAACAGGGCUCGCACAAGAUUGAUGAGUGGCACAUAAAAGACAUCUUGUGGUACGUGGGCCACGAGCCGAAAAGGAACCCCCAGUCGCGCUGGGCCAUCACCUUCGUGCCGCGCAACAAGCAGAAAAGGAGCAAGGAUCGGCCGUGGUUCGGGUGCACCAUAGCCGGCGCUGUCACCGAGGAACAACUCAAGUGGACCGCUGCGAUGACGUUCGCCGAACACACAGACAUACUGCCGUCUCCCCGUCUCGUGAUCACGUAACACACACACACAUGUCGGACAUAUUACUUGCCCUCAAAAUCUGACUUCAAAUAUCCAGAAAGAGCCUUAAUCGUAUUAUUUAUAACCGGGUUUCAAAAUUUGCUAGCUUAAAAUUAACGCUGUCAAGGUAACGUCGGUCGUCAGGAUAGGCUUCGGAACGCAGAACGUUAUUUUCAAAUGGACCCAAAAUGCCCACGCUUGCCUACUAAGGGGGGUCUGCCAAGUAGGGCUCCCAGCGGAUCCAAGGACUAUGUGCAUGAAUUGUAAUAGUGUCAGAUCAAGGGGCCUAACCAAGUUGAAAUCGUUUAUAGUAUACACUCCAUAAUUUAUUUAUUUUAUUUAUUUAAACUUUAUUGCACAAUACAUGAAGAGUACAAAUGGCGGACUUAAUGCCAGAAGGCAUUCUCUACCAGUCAACCAUGAGCCAAACCGAAAGAUCCUAAUAGGUGCAGAUUUAUAGAAAACAUCAAUAGAAACCAGUCUAGUAAAUAAAGCUAAUAGGCCAAAACAUAUGUAUCUUCGUAGCUUAACAUAUCUCAUUAUAAUAUACACAAAUCAUUAAAAUAUGUAAUAUUAGAUGAUAAAAAUAAAAAGAUAAAUUUUAAUAUCGUUGAGUUUCUUUAUGUAAAACAGAACUCAAUUGCAAUACAGUUACAGUCGCGUCCAAUUGUGAAGGUAUAUUUACUUAAAAAUAUAAAUCAUCACCAAUAGAAGCGAUUACAUUCCCUUUGCAGAUUUAAUCGAGAAUCGUAAAAAAUCGGUUCUAAAUUGCAUUAUCACAACCCCAUAAUCACUUUUUGACAUGUGUUAGCCUACCUUUCUCAUUUGAAAAAGACUAGGGAGCGUGCAUGAACUGUAGGAGGCAGCACAGGAGCCGUCAGAUUUCUGGCGCGAGGCGUAAAUGUGAUGUUUAUUGUUCCGAUGUAGCCCACAAGAUGGCAGAACCUACUAUGCACAAGAAAACACGUGACGUGUAAAUGUACAUGUUUGUGGUUCCGAUUCAGGCCACAAGAUGGCAGACCCUCCAACGCGCACGGUCCCUAUAGUUGUCCUUGGCGCUGUGGGCACUAGUAACGACUUUAGGGGUUCUUGGCGUCCAAAAGGUUAAAUAUUACCUAUACAUUUUAAUUAUUUGCUUAUGAAAUCUGCCAUCCUACUUGGACUUGACUGAUCACAUUUCACACAAGUAGAUUUAAAAUUUAAAUAAAGCAUUUGAGUCCUCUAAUGGCAUAUAAAAUGAAAAAAAAAAGGCACGCGUCUAGAAUUUCAACUUUAGCAUUAAGCCAUUAAGGUUCAAAUUGUAAUACAUUUUCGGAAAAUGUGACUUGUCUUCAAAUGAAUCAUCACAGCUGGAUCAAUUGGAAUAUAUUUGGAUUUUUUAGGAAAACCUUGUAUAGUGCGGCCUAAAAAAGGGUUAAAUAAUGCAUGGAUAUGAUCACGAAGCAUUUUAUCGCUUAGUCUUCCCGAUAUGUUUCAAUUGGCGUUUGUCGAUAAACGGUUGUCUUCUUGGCUAGGCCCGCAGAACAGAUAAUUAUCACAUUAUCUAACAUUUAAGAUAUAAGACAUCAGAUUUUGGCUAUAUUAUAAGUGUUCUAAAGGUACAAUUUUAGAAUGUACGCCUUGGUGUGCCACUUAGGCUAUCACCCGAAAUAAAAGAAGCUUGCGCUUGCUUCCCUAGACUCUAGAGGGUUGCCAGUAUUUUAAAACGAAGAAAUCUUUUUGAAACAACAUACCUAAAGUAGAAUUCGACAGAAAUGAUAAAUAAUGUAAACGUAUUUACCUUAAUUUCUUCGCAAUCUCGCACUUUUUCAUGACAACCAUCAUUUUAUCAACAGUGCACAUACUUAAUACUUUUAUUUAUAUCAAUUAGUAGUUAAAAUAUGUUGAUUAUUAAUAUUUCAAUGAAAACGACCAUCGUAAAACUUAGGUUAUACGUCAAAUGCUAACAAAAUCUUUCAUAUUUGUUUACAUAAUUACAAAUUACAAUAGGGAGCGUGCAUGAACUGUAGGAGGCAGCACAGGAGCUGUCAGAUUUUUGGCGCGAGGUGUAAAUGUGAUGUUUAUUGUUCUGAUGUAGCCCACAAGAUGGCAGAACCUACUAUGCACAAGAAAACACGUGACGUGUAAAUGUACAUAUUUAUUGUUCCGAUUCAGGCCACAAGAUGGCAGACCCUUCAACGCGCACGGUCCCUAUAGUUGUUAAUUUUCUGUGACAUAUGUAUUAUAUGAACCUCCAGGUAUUUUUAGUAGUAAGUUUUAUGUGCGUAUUAUGUACUUUUGACAUAUGUAUUAUAUAUGACGGUAUGUAUUCUAAAUAAAUAAAUAAAAAUAAAAUAAUUUGCCAUUUCUAUUGAAUUCUACUUUAGGUAUCGGUUUUGAUUGAUAUAUAAAAAUAAUCAUUUUAAUGUUCUCGAAUAUUUCGAAAUUGGAAAUAUGCGUCAAAAUACUACCAUAACUCGAAAGUCUGAAUCGGUGCUAACAUGCCAGUUAUCAUGAGUAUCAAAGAAAUGAUGACACUAUUUGUUUUGACAGUAAUAUAUUUUGUAUUGUAGUUGAUAUACUGAAUAUUAUUGUUAUGUAUACAUAUAUACAAUAUUGAAAUGUUAUUCUUAUGAAUUACCUACCACACAGGUAUAGGUAUAAUAGUUUAAGUAAUUUAAUAAAUCUGAGACUUCUAAGUGGUUCUGAUGCGAAAAUAAAUAAAUAGACAAUUAUUGUGAAAAUUGGUUAUAUUAAAAAAUAAAUCAAAGGUGAAAGCGGCACUUUUAAGUAUUGAUAUGAAAUACGAAUUUGAAAAAAAUAUAGUAUGCUUUAAAAAAAUAUUCAUACUUUACACGUUGACUCAAAAACACGUAUACGUACUAGGACUGAAGCUGAUUUUCUGCAAGUAUAACAUUAUUUACUUUAAGCAAAGAUCUACUAUAUAAUAGAAUGAAUUAAAAUAUAUUCAAGUAAGUAUAAUAAGAGUACACUGUAGGGCUAAGAUGGCCGAUUCUUUAUCUUGUGUCACCAUGCCUGUCACGUUCUAACUAGUAUGUAAGUGCGAAAGUGACGCAUGACGUGACGUGUGUUCUUUUUUUUGUAGAGUAAAGCGAUAAGCUACCAAAUGCAUGUGAUGCACUACCAAUGUCAAAUAGAAAAAUAUAUUUGUAAAAUAGUUUUAUAUUUAUAUUACAGUGAGAUGGGAAAGCUCGCUCCAUAGAGAAAUUAUAUAAACAGAGAGCGUUUAAAUAUACAUGUUUAAAUAAUUAUUUACACUUGGAGUAUUUUCUACAAAUUAAUUACGAUUACAUGCCAUAUUUAUAUAUUAUUAAUUAUUAAAUAUGGCAGUUAAAAAUGGAGUUCAAAAAAUAUAGUUUAUAUUUCAUUUUAAUUUUUGAUUGACUUCAAAAGAAGAAAUACAAAAUUUCCUGUACUGAGAUAUUAUUAAAAAUACAUUUAUCUGUAGCUAUAUGAAUUCCUAAAUAAAAGUACGUAUUAAUCAAACAUUUUUAAUUGAUUUUAUAAUGAACAGGUGCAGUCGCCAUCAGAUAAAUCGGCGCGCCCAAUGUGUUCACAAAUAUCUGAACACAGGCUUUAUUAUCAAGACGUUAAAGUGCAUGUUCAGGUAUUUUUGAGCAGGACCUUGGCAGCUCUGAUACAUCUGAUGGCGAGUAUACUAGAAUAAAGAUGAUGGAACGAACGCCAAAAGAUUUAAUUUGUAACCUAUGUCGUACCUUGCACUCGUUAGAGACCUCAUACGAUUGUCACAAGGUACGAAAUGGGUCCCAAAGUAAAUCUUUUGACUGUACCUUUAGCAAUAAAAUUAAAAUUAGAACAGUGUCGGCGACUGGCUAAACGCCCCCACUCCCAAAAACUGCACGUCAAUUUAAUGAUAAAAAUGUCAAUUUAUUAUAUUGAACAGUGAAGUGUAAAAAUAUGGGUGUACACAUCUUACCCAAAAAUAUGUCCCAUAGCAUCUUAUUCCAGUGUAACAAGAGCGUAGUACAAUAUUUAUGAGACGAUUCUUUCGAUACAUAUUUUUGCACUUGACUGAAUAUAAACAAUAAUAACAUGUAAGUAAUAUUAUCAUUAUAAUAUAUCAUGCAUAAUUAUUAUUAGCAAUGACAUAUUAAGAAAUGUGGAAUUUUUAUGAUUUGUAUCUAGUGUUUCUCUUUUAUAUCAUAUUUGAUGGUUUUUCAUAAAAGGUUGGAGUUGAAUUUUGAAUUAAAGAUCGUAGUAAAAUACAUAAUAAAAAUGUAGAAAUAAUACAAUCUCCAUUAAUGGGUGAACACAUGUAAUAAGGGCCUCGCUCUUAUGUACUAUAAAUAAAAAAUAAGUAAAAACUGUCACAUGUUAUGUAUUUAUAACUAUUAUUGUAAAUAAAAUUGUAUUUCAACCA